AUGGGCCCCCAAGAUCAGCUCCGCCUGGAUAUCAAGAUCAUCGGCGCCGGGAUAGCAGGCCUCGCCUGUGCCCUCUCCCUCCGACGUAAAGGCCACAGUGUCACCGUCUACGAGUCCAACGACAAGCUAUCCGAGUUUGGCGCUGGUCUGCAGCUGUACUCGAACGCAACCCGUGUCAUCUAUCAUUGGGGUCUGCAGGAUGACUUCCUCAAGGUCGUCAACCAGCCAAAGGUUAACCAUGUCAGAAGAUACAGCAACGAGGUCAUUCGCGAGGUCGCACAUAACCCGGUUACCGAGUGGGAGUACGGCUUCCCGCAAUGGGUAAUCUACCGGCCCGACUUGCAGGCUCUGCUGGCCAAGGCGGCUCUUGAUGCUGGAGUGGUAAUCCGCUUUGGGUGCGCUGUGAGCGACAUAGAUGCCGAAGAAGGCACAAUGAGCAUCCCAGGAGAUGGGACGAAGCUCACGGCCGACCUCAUCAUCGGCGCAGACGGCAUUCGGUCGCGGAGUCGCAAAACACUGACAGACAUCGAAGCCCGAGCGUUUUCGGAAGAUGCCUUCCGCGCCUUGAUUCCCAAGGAGAAGAUGCUGCAAGACCCCGAGACUGCCGAUCUGAUGGUCGGACUUCAGUCGGUAGCCUGGGUCGGGCCUGGUCGCGCGGUCCUAGGCUACCCUGUCGCAGGCGGUGAGCGGUACAAUAUUUUGCUCUGCGUUGUACGCCCCAGCGAAGCAGAGGUGGGAAAGUGGAACCAGCCCGGUGACCUCGACGAAGUACGGCAGCACCUGACCAAGUGGUGUCCGUUGGUGAGGAAGUGCUGGUCGCUCGUCGACAGCUGUGCGAAGUGGACGCUGGGCGAUGUGCCACCCAUUCCGAGCUACGUCAGCAAGAGCGGAAAGUUCGUGCUGGUGGGUGACGCCGCCCACGCCAUCGUACCGCACGCGGGACAAGGCGCAGCCCAAGCCCUCGAAGACGCCGCAGCGCUCGCAGAGUUCCUCGACCCGACCACCCUCAGGGAAUCUCGGCAUCUCGCCCAGCGCAUGCGCGCUUUCAGCUCCUUCAGGCAAGCACGCAUGGAGAACAUCCGACGUAUGGCUUUCGGGAAUGCACGGUUAUUCACCAUGGAAAACGGGCCAGAGCAAGAGAAACGAGACCAGAUAUGGGGAGCCAUGACAGCAGCCUGGAAGAAAGAGCUCGCCGAGCUGGGCGAAGAAGGGUAUAGGGCGAGAGCAAAGGGUGUCGUGCCUGACCAAGACCUCAAGGACAUGAGGACACCUGCGGCAAGGAUGUAUGCCUAUGGGUAUGAUGUGAUCACUGAGGCGAAGAGAGUGGUAGGGAGUACGAUCGUCAACUAG